AUGAGCUCUGCUGAAGAACUUGCAGCUGAGUACGAGAAGGACGGUGGACCGGAAUUCACCGGCUCUUCUGGCAAGCGAUCCAAGGCUGAGCGAGUGGAGCACAAACAUAGCAACCCAGGUGGUGAUACGAGGAAAGUAGUGCAGAUUGCCCAAAACGGCGAAGCGAAAAGAAGAGAGCAACAACUCCACAAAUAA